ACGGCAAGGCAAUCUUGCAUCCAAUCUAGAGACUCCGCUCCAGUAGCCUGUGUGGUCUCUGGAGGGGUUAGACAUGCCUCCUCACUCAGCCUCUCGCCGCUCUCCACCCAUGGCGCAUCUCCAGCUCUGAAUCCACUUCGGCUCUGGACACCGGCGGCAGCGCUCGAUCCAUCCAUCCUCCGCACGCACGCACACACACACACUCACACACACUUACAAAUGCAGCGCAGAGGACUGGACCGACUGGAGAAAUCCCAUCUGAUCGAGUGCGUUGAUGGUAAGGCAACCUUUUAUUUUCCGCUGUGCAUUUUACGCGCAGCGAGCCGCAGCCGAACUGUUAAAUAACAAACAAGAUGCUCUAAUCUGACAUAGAGUAGCACCAUAUUGAGGAAAUGAGGAGUAAAUAUGCCAAUUAUUUCUCCACAGCGACUUAAAGUGCGUCCGAGGUGCUCAAUAGUGAGUUUAUAGUGGUGUGGUCUUACUUUGUGUGUUUUACUUCACAUGGGUUUAUGUAGUAAUGCUAUCCGAUUAUUUUAAUAAUCUAACAUUUAUUAAAAGAAUACAACAGUUGAGUUUAAAAUGAAAACCCGAGGGGGGAGGGCUCUAGACUGAGUUUAUAUUAUAUUAUUACACUGUAUUAUAUGUAUUAUGUUAUUUUAAGUCUUUUCAUAUGUACAUUUAUGCUCUUAAUCACUAAAACUUGUACUACAUGAAGAUGCAGAUUGACCUCAUGAAUUGCAGUUAUUUUCUUCUUAAUCCACCUAUUUUAUCAUCAAUUCCUUAAUUUCAUCAUCACUAAACUUUACAUAAUUUUUUCACUUCACUUCCAUUUAAUUUAACACUGAAACAACCCCCACUCACCUAUCUUCGUCUCUGUUUGUGAAUGAACCACUCAGUGUGAACUACUUACAGUCAGCAUCCCCAUAAGGGAAAUAUAUUCACCACGGACAAAAUCAGAUGAGGAGUUGACCUUUUUUUUCUUUCGUCAUCCUUCUUUCCUCCAGUCUCAGUGCCUUUGCUCCACAUGUUUGUGUGCAAGAGGAAUCAUGUAGGACACGAUUCAUCCUUUCUCAUAUCACAGAGCUCCUCUCCGUAGCCCGGGGUCAGAUGCAGCUCCUCUGUGCGCUGCAGCGCUCUGCUCUCUGCCUGUGGUACUGUGUGUGUGUGUGUGUGUGUGUGUGUGUGUGUGUGUGUGUGUGUGUCUGUCUGUCUGUGUGUGUGUCUGUGUGUGUGGUGUUGUUUUAGAGAGACACAGAGAAGGGAAAGGAUGCACAGAUAGAUGGAGAACAGAGCGAUAAAGACUAACUAGAGACUUGAAGCUCCUCCUGGUGUUGCACUGUUGCUCAGCUCUCUGUGUUUUCCAGGAUUGAUUAGCUGGCUUUGCCAAUCAACAGCCUCACUCAGAGGAUCUGUGAACACACCGUGGUGCCUUAAUAGAAAAAUCUUUGGCACUGUCACAUCCCUCAAUCACUUGCAUCCCAAAUCCCUCAGUCCCAUCCUCAUCACUAACUUCUAACCUCAUUUGUUGCCUUUAUUUUCCACAGUGGCAAUUGCCUUUCCUGCACCAUGCACAAAUGUCAUUAUCUCCAACACUUUUGCUGCUAGCUAUGUUAUCUCGGCAGCAGCAACGCCUGUGCUCACUAAAUUUACAACUCAAACCUGCCAGAGGAGCGUGCACCGCACAGUGUAAUCUUUGGUUGAUCCUGUCCCCGAGGCUUUUAUCCCCUGUAAGCACUGUUAUUGUAUGAGGGAUACAAAAGCUGAGACCAUCUGAAGCUUGAAGUCCCCUUCCAGCUGUUGACAGAGUGUCUAUUAUUCCUGGUGUGAGUCCCGGUGUGGGAGGACUUAUAAGCCAGGGAGAAAGGAGGACUUGCAAAUCAAAUUGCUUUAAUCCAUUGAAGCAUCUGUCUUCAUUCUCCACAGGGCAGCAGGGUGUGUAGCAGAGGGGCUCUGAGCCCUGAUCAUGACUGGAAAGGAAAACAAAACCUGUCGCAGAGGAAUCAUAUGAUGUGCCUCGGUCAGCCAGCUGUGCAGUACAUAGGGUGUAGAUAGCAGGACUGUCAAAUUCACAGAUUUUUUCCAUGUUUUCUUAAGUGUCAGAGAUGGUAAGAAGCUUGGUCAAAAGUUUCUCAUUAUUUGCAGUCAUUCAUGCUUAUAUUUCUCUGCUUUUUCAUCCGUCUCUCCUGUCCUUCAACAAACACACAAACAGAACAAGCAGCUUUAAAGCUGUUCUGAAACAAGAAACAAACCGUAGUGUUUCCAUUUCUGUCAUUCUGUCUGCAACUACCAGUCUAAGAAACAAAGUUUCUCCCCCUGUUGAGUUCAUUCUGCGAUUGCUGUUUUUAGCUGUAUUCAAACAGAAUGGCUCAUGAUGUCAGCUCGAUUUCUUUUCCCGUCACCCACAGAGUAAAUGUCUUUGGUUUUGCGCUGUUUGUGAUUAAUGGAACAUCAAAAGCCGAUCUCAGCUCAGUGUGAUGCAUUCCUGAGGACAUGAGUCUGCCAGGGACACAUAAACAUCAUUAAUGAACAAGAGGCAGACUGGAGAGAGACAGAGUGACAGAAAGAGGGUGAGGAAGCAAACUGGAAGGCAAUAUUUAUUUUUGUCAGUAAUAUGAUGUAUAUUUACCUGUGGCUUUGAUGAUGAUUGCCUCCACUCGGCCACUUUGAGUGAUGGAGACACAGUUUGCGCCCAGGCAUGUCAUGUGAUUACCUACCAUCCAUUUGGUGCAUAGGUACAAAUGGAUGGCAGCACCUUUUUUUUCGAAAAUCCAUUUCGAAAAUCGCAUCUCCCUUUGCUCUUUCAUGCCCAGUGGCAAAGAACUCAGAAGUGUACAAAGGAAACUUCUCCACUCAUGUAUGUGAAUAGCUAUAUUUAUCUGGGUAUGUAGUUCUCUGCUGGGCUUAGGGCUUAAUUACCCAGAAGAGAGGAAGCAAAAUUGAAAUGCAAUUAUGCAACUGAGUACCUGCUAUCCUGAAUAGUGGAGUUGCAGAUAGGGACAUUACCGCUACCAUUUCCCAGUGAAGGUCUAACCUGAGUCGUGUUUUUCUGCAGAACAAAUCUGUGAAUCCUUUAGGAGACAAAUCCCAAACCUUUAAACUGUUUAUUCAAAGUGUUUAAGCUACUUAUGUUAGAAAUGCUAAAAGGUGCUGUCUGUUUGCUCUGCUUGGAGAGAGAGAACUAACUUUUCUUGAAUAUGUAUUUCUUAAGCAACACUGCAUAUGUGAUUUGAAGGAAUAGUUUUUGGUAAAUACUCUCCUUUACUUCCUUGCUAAUUUGAAAACUACAAGCUGCAGCUGGUUAGCUUAGCUUAGCACAAAGACUGGGAACAAGGAGAAACAGCUAGCCUGGUCUGAAGUUAAACCUUGUUUGUUUAAACCUGCACCAACCAAAUUGGCAUUUUUACAUCUUCAAUGCUACCUUUAGUCAAAACCAGGCCAAUUGUUUCCCCCUUAUGCACAGCUAAGCGAACUGGCUGCUGCCUUUAUAGCUUCAUAUUUAAUGUAGAGACAUAAGAGCGGUACCAAUCUACUCAUCUCGCAGGUUCUUGUCGUUCCUGGUGGAGCCUCCUGCCAUGGUCCUGCUAGAUUGCCAUUGCCAAUACUGUUGUUGCUGUGCACCUGUCUGUCUGUCUCUCUCUCUCUCUCUCUCUCUGUCUCUCUCUCUCUCUCUCUCACCCCAACUGGUCGCGACAGACGACCGCCCACCUAGAGCCGGAGGAUCUGUCCUAGGUUUCUGCCUUUUAACAGGCAGUUUUUCCUUGACCUUGUCGCCAAGUGCUUGCUCAUGGUGGUACUGUUGGGUUAAUGUUUUAAAGAGUUCGGUCUAGACCUGCUCUAUUUGAAAAGUGUCCUGAGAUAACUUCUGUUAUGAAUUGGCGCUAUACAAAUAAAAUUGAAUUGAAUUGAAUUGAAUUGAAUUGAAUCUAACUCUUGGGAAGAAAACAAAUACACUUAUUUACCAAGAUGUUGAACUAUUCCUUUAUUAACUCAAAUUACUGUUUUACAUCUCUGGAAAAAUGCUCUUACACAAAUUGUAGGACAAAGGUUCACAUAUUGAACAGGCAGGGGAAAUCUGGAUGGGAAAUGUUAAUUGUGAUGUUACUAUUUCACCCUCUACUGUUGAAGUGCCCUUGAGCAAGAAUCAUCCCUGCUAAAGCAAGAGCUGCUCAUUGGCCAUCAGUGGAGAGCUGCGGGUGUAAAAUGAGUGGGAGCGACACAUGUAUGAAGCUGGAAAAAUGCAUCAAAAUGAAAUCUCAUUGUGUCCCUGUGCCUCCCUGGCAGCGUCAGCGUGAAGGAUGUAGAGCCAGAGGGGGGGGCAGGAUGGAGUGCUCCUGGAAGACGGUGUUGCUGCUGGUGUGUGCGUCUCUGGGGGUCCAGUACACGGCCAUCCGCACCCUGAGGGACUCGCUGUCUGGACCCUGUCAGGGAGCCUACCGCUGCCAGACGAGACAUUACAGAGACUCCAGGUGGAGAGCCUUGUGUGAUGACAGUUGGAUGCCUGUCGAGUUGCCUCGGAAGCACAUCCUGCUGUUUGCCACGACACGCAGCGGCUCCUCCUUCACCGGGCAGCUCCUCAACCAGCACCCAGGGAUCUUCUAUGUGUUUGAACCUCUCUACCACGUCCAGCAAGCCUUCACUAACUCCAGCAGCCGGCUGCGUCGCACCCUGGACCGCCGGGCCUUACUGGGAGCAUACAGGGACCUCCUCCUCAACCUGUACACCUGCGACCUUCACUUCAUUGAGAAUUACAUCCGUCCAGAGCCCCAGGACCACGUCACAAGCUCCUUCUUUCGCCGAAGCUCCAGCCACGCCCUCUGUUCCCCUCCCGUGUGCUUGGAAGGAGGGGAUGGAGCGGCCUCUGAUCCACCUGAUGAAACCUGGUGUCCUAAGAAGUGUGGGGCCUUGAACCUCACCCUAGCCUCUAUGUCAUGUCUGUCAAGGGGACACAUAGCCAUAAAGACUGUGCGAGUCCCUGAGGUGGGGGACCUACGCACCCUGACAGAAGAUCCGCGUCUGGACCUGAAGAUCAUCCACCUGGUGAGAGACCCCAGAGCCAUCCUCGCCUCACGCAUUAUGGCGUUCUCUGAUCAGUUCCGGGCUUGGAAAAUAUGGAACGCGACAGGAAGGCAGCCUCGCUACGUGGACUUGUCUCAGAUCACCAGCACCUGUAAGGACAUGGCGGCCUCUGCAGAAACUAGCCUGCAAAGACCGGCAUGGCUGCGGGGGCGCUACCUGCUGGUGCGGUAUGAGGACCUGGCUUUCAAUCCGAAAGACAAGGCCAAUGAGAUCUACAGGUUUGUGGGGCUGGAGAUGGAGGACAGGGUGCGGAUGUGGAUUGCAAAGAACACCAACAGUAACGUGUCAUCUCCGUCUGAGUGGAACUACAGGUACUCCACCACCAGAGACUCCAGAGCGACAGCCGAGAGCUGGAGGCUUCGUCUCGGCUUUGACAUCGUGAGGACUGUGCAGAAUCUGUGCAAUGACACUCUGGCUCUGCUGGGAUACAAACAGGUUCACUCUGCAGCUGAACUCAGAAACUUGUCCCAUAGUUUAGUGGAACACAGGACCUUUCAGCCAGUCACAUAGUAGAUUUGAUUAAAAGUUUAAAAACAUCUUACUGUUAUUUAUUUCUGCUGACUUUCCUCUCUGUCAUGAUGCUGAUGAAAUGAAUGUAAUUUAUUUUACUUUUGAAUAAUGCCUAAAGUAAUUUAAUAUCAGUUGACUUUUCACUUUUUAUGGUUUUGUUAAAGAUAUUAAAAGUGCCAAAUUCCGAGGAUGUGUAACGCUGGAAAGGGUAUUAAUCCAAAAUAAAGUCUAUACUGCUGUAUGUGCUAAUUGAAAACUCGUCUUGACUUAUAUGUUGAUGUGAUUAAGUUAUUAUGCUUUUUUUUUUCACGAUUCAGUGUUCUCAUAUUUUCAGUGUUAGCAGAGAUUAAACGAGAAAAACAGACACUUUAAAGAGUCCAGGUACCAUUUAAGAGGAAAUCUGACCUUAAGUCAGACAAAAAUGUUCCUGAAGGUGAGACGCAGGAAGAGAGGGGGAAGAAAAUCCAGAAAUGAUAGGGCUUGCCUUCCAAGUGUUGCUAAUGCAUUUUGGGAAAGGAUUAAAAUGUCACUGGUGCAAUCUUCUGCAACUGUGAAAAUGUCGUGAAUAUGAGAAUAAUAUAUUUGUUUUUUCUUUACUAUAAAUACUUAAAUCCUGUAAAUACUGAUUAACUGUUGCAAUGCAAGUGCAAGUGUUAUGUGCUGGGUGUGUUUGGACAUUUUUGUCAGUGUAAUACUGUUUAUAUUUUUUAAGACUUUUUAAAAUAAAUUAUUCAUAUGUAAGUAAUACA